AUGACGUCAGACAACAACGUUCUACAUCAAGGGGAACCCCUCUGGAAGAUCGGUGACACGGUGAACCCGAUUCAGUUGGACUUCAACGUCCCGGAUUAUGUGACCCAAAGAAAUGAUGCAGAAAGUGCAUCCUGGAAAUUAUGUCCCCCUACAAAAUAUUGUGACAAUAGCGAAUGCAAUUCUGAUCUGGAGGCUAUCACUUCUAAAACUGUCUCAGAAGCCAGCCAGCUUCCAGAUCCUACAUCCGUAAUACCAGAUGUAGAAAGGAUGAGACGCGAUAUAGCAAACGGAUGGACACUACCAUCAGUUGCCUUCAAGUACGCCGUACCCUCUGCAUCAUGCUGUUAUGAGCCCUGUUGCGAGGAUGUUCAGGCACAAGACGUGAUACCAAACAAUCGAAAAAAGCGGCGACCCUACACGCGGUUCCAAACUUUGGCUCUGGAAAACGAAUACAUCGAAACCUCGUACAUCACCAGACAGAAACGGCUAGAGAUAUCCUCUAGGCUGCACUUGAGUGAGAGGCAGGUGAAAGUAUGGUUUCAAAAUCGACGAAUGAAGAGUAAAAAACUAGAAUCGCGUGCCAAAGCGGGAAUCAUCGACAUAUAUAACAAAGACCUGGAGAUCGAUGCACCCACAGCUACUGAACUACCUCGACCCCCUGAAAAAACAGAAAUCCUCGAAAAUGUGAAUGAAUCUCACAUAAACAAUGACCGAACAGACGGAAGUGCCACAACCAACUUUCCAAACUUUCCCGGAUGCCCCUUUAAAUUUUCAGCAGCAGGUUUGUCCCAAUCGAUAUAUAAGCCAACAAACUACUUUUAUGGAGAUACAUGGUUCCUACCUGCAAAUACAGCGUCACCAUUGUCAAAUGAAAAUGAAAAUGGGUUCGCGUACGGUAGUAGGGGAAAACCCCAGUUUCCCUCGGGUCAGACCGAGGAAUUCACUUAG